GGGAAAGCAGAAAAAAAGAGAGAUAAAGAGAGGGAGAGCAGGUGGCAGCAUUACAAUCCGAACCAUUAGUUUUUUCCAUGUACAGAAGAUUCUGCAGGGAAAUUGGUCGCUUGCAAAAUAUACCUUCCCUUUUCCUUCUUCUUUCUUCCACCUUUCACCCAGCAGGAACCCUGUUUUCUGGAUCAUUUCACCUGUGAAAAUACAACUCAUCCUACCCCUGCUUCUUCUUCUUCUUCUUGUUGGUGAUGAGUGGAGGAAACAGAUUUCCCUUCACUGCUUCUCAGUGGCAAGAGCUUGAACACCAAGCUCUGUUCUUCAAGUACUUGAUCUCUGGUAUCCCUAUUCCUCCUGAUCUCCUAAUCUCCAUCAAAAGGAGUUGUUUUGAUUCCUCCAGGCUCUUCCCUCGUCAGCCUCAACAUGUCGGCUGGAACUGUUUCCAGAUGGGCUUGGGGAGGAAAGUUGAUCCGGAACCAGGGCGGUGCCGGAGAACGGACGGAAAGAAAUGGAGGUGCUCCAAGGAAGCGUACUUAGAUUCCAAGUACUGUGAGAGACACAUGCAUAGAGGAAAACACCGUUCAAGAAAGCCUGUGGAAGUCACACCUGCAACAGCAGCACCAAAUCCGUCGACAGCAACCGUCGCAUCAAUCGCCAAGAACCACCACCCUCCAUCGCAUCAGCUUCCUUAUCCCGUCAGCCACUCUUUUCUAUAUCCUCUUACAUCAAGACCUACAGGGAUUAGUCUGUCACCCCAAGAAAACUCCACCCACUCGCUCCUAGACUCUGGCACUUUCUCUCGGACUAACACAGAUUACAGAAGGAACAAUUACGUUUAUGGGGUUAAAGAUGAAGUGGAUGAGCAUGCUUUCUUCUCAGAACCUUCUGGAACAAUUAGGAGCUUUUCAGGGACGUCAAUAGAGGAUUCAUGGCAACUAACACCAUUAACCAUGAGCUCCUCCUCUUCUGCUUCGAAACAGAGGACCUGUGACUACUCAUAUUUACAGCUUCAGGGCCUCCAAGAUCAAACUCCAAAACAGAGCAAGCAAGAGCAGCAACAUUUCUAUGCAUUUGGAAAUGAAAUCAAAGGUAGAAUGGGUACCAAAGUGGAGAAAAAUGAAGAAACCCAGAAAACAGUUCAUCGUUUCUUUGAUGAAUGGCCUCCAACGCAUAGAGAUUCAUGGCUUGAUUUGGAUGAUAAAUCCUCAAACAAAGCAUCAGCUACAACAGCAGCCAGACUCUCUAUAUCCAUUCCCUCCUCUUCUCUUGACUUUCCCAUCUUCAAUUCCAGAACCCAUAAUGAUGGGUGAGAUUUCACUUUCCAGAAAUGGGGUUUCUGCAUUGAAGGCCAACAAUUAAUGUACUGCUUUGUCUGAAUUAUUAAGUAGGAGAUGAAGUCUUUUUCUAUCUUAAUUUUAAGCGUUUUGGAGGAGGGAAUGAGUACCGAUCUUCUAGUUGUGGUUUAAUGAAGGGAUGGGAUCCAAUGUUUUUUUAUUUUUAUUUGAAGUUAUAUUGAAGUUAUAUUGAGUCAGCUAAAUCUGAUUUGUUGGGUAGCUAAAAAGCAAAGGGUGGAUGCGUAUGACUGUAUGUAGCUGUGGCUUUAAAUUUCAUUUCAAGCACUUACCCUACUCAACCUGUUUCUGCUCACUGCAAUAAUAGUUAAAGGGCCACUUGCUCGCUGCUCAGGUUCUGCCAUCUUGUCGCUUCAUUUCUCAGUUAGUAAACAUAUGUAUGUUUUAAAGGAAGAAGCAAAAAUCCCCUUUGUACUCUUCAAAACCAUUAUCAUAAGACUCAUAAUACUUUCAUAAAUCUGAUAUAUUUUG